AGAUUGUCAAGGAACUAAUUUUGCACCAUAUGUUAACAUUUACCGUACAUAUUGCGCAUGAAUCUCUACAGUAAAAUAAGAAAGUAUUUCUCCUGCUUACAAAUCUGUUCUUGAAAUGUUAAUUCAAAACAAGGAGGUCAUAAAUAACUAAAAUACAAUUUGCGCAAGUUUUUUGUUACAUCUCAAUUUCUCCCGUUAUAUGCAGCAAUGGCGGAAGAGGAGUCUGACGUCUUUGAAAUUACUGAUUUUACAACAGCGUCAGAGUGGGAAAGAUUCAUUGCACGUAUUGAGGAAGUGAUUCAUGAAUGGAGACUGAACAAGCAAUAUACCAGUCAACCACUGAAAAGGGGGGAUUUCUCUGGGACUUGGAUUGAUAAAACGGAAAUAAUUACAUUUGCUGACUUUAAAUUCAAUGUUACGCGGCAUUAUCUGAAAAGUCAAGAACAAGAAGUUGACAUACCCGAGGAUGACCAAAAUGAAACUGUUCCUACGGUACUACAGGAUGUGGUUUCCAUGGAGAAUGAUUUCCCAUCCCGCGCUCAUUGCAUAAGUCGCUGGUAUGGCCUUCGUGAUUUUGUGAUCAUGAGUCCCGCUGCCCAGAAUGAGGCUAUUAUGGCGGAAAGCAGGAGCAAUCUUGUCCUUAGCUCUAUCGCAAUUGCACUGAACAAUACAGGAUGUCAUAUUCCAUUAUUUGUCCAAGUGCACGAAAAAUGGCGCAGAUUGUACUUCGGACUGAGUGAAUACCCUGGACUGCGCACCAACUUUGAGAUGGUACACUUGAAGCAUAUUCCUCCAGCCUACAAUCAUUUAUCAGGACUGAUUGAUAUGUUCAAAGCUAAGCUGAAUUGCUCUUCCUUGUCAGCCUCCUCACCAGUACAAGUGUCCAUAAGGUUUACAUUUGUCCUGCAAGAUUGGCCACAUUAUUCUUGGACACAAGUGCCUCCAGAUUUUGAUGCUGGGAGUGGUACAAACGUUGGGAUGACAGACUUGGAGACAUUGCCAUUUGGGGCGUGCCAGGACCCUGUAAGUGAGCUACACCUGGCUGCCACCUGGCCUAGUAUAUCAGAGGAAAUGGUGGUUGACAAUGCGAACUACAGUGACCUUGACCCGCUUCAAGCACCUGUGUGGUCUGUGCGCCUCAAACUCACGGAUGAUCCACAGUGCCUUAUGGGAGAGUAUUUACGUGACUUCCUGAGAUUAUGUCGACGCAAAGAGAGCCUUGAUCAGUUGCUUCCAAACUUCUCAUUGGACGACUCAGAGACAGAGUUGCCAGCUACACAAGCCCUAGACAAACUAACCAAGCCUGCCAUGGGUUACAAGUUGUCCUCCAUGACAUCCAUUUCCAAUGCAGUGUCUAAAGCCAGCACACGACUUAAGCACCAAACCACUGAGGAGGCACCCAUAAGAGGGGAGCUGCUCAAUAAGAUCCUUUUGUUUUUAUUCCCUGAUGCCCAGGUGGAGACUGCUGACCUCCCUCUGGUUGUACCAGUUGCAGAGGGCGAAGAAAACAAAAAUACUGCUAUAGAGACAGAGAUAAAGCAUCUUCUACACCAACUGAAAUCUGCCCCUGUUGAAAGUGUUACCCACAAAUUGGCAGUUUGUAUGUGUCUAGUGCACCAUAGCUAUGGAGGGCUUAAGGCAGUAGCACAUCUGUGGCAGGAGUUUGUGCUUGAGAUGAGAUACAGAUGGGAAAAUAAUUACUACAUUCCAUUGUUAGAUAAAAGUAUACCAAACAUGGGGUGUAGCCUAAUUCACCAAAAACUCCAAAUGCUGAACUGUUGCAUCGAGAGAAAAGUCAAACGAGAGGCCAAAUUAGCAGAAGUUAAUAGCGGUAUAUUACAUGCUUCAGCUAGCACUAGUAGCAUUAACACUGGCAAACCUGGAGAUAUGGACUACAUAGAAACGAGCAAUGUUACCGAGGAGACAAACAAUGUUGCCAUGGAAACGGACAAUAUUACCAUGGAAACUGCAGUGCAAUCAGAUGCUGAAAGCUCAACAGAUGAUGAAGAAUUCUUUGAAUGCAAUGAAAAUUCAAGUGAAACAUCGACAAAAUCGAACCAAUCAAAACAGUCAGAUUUUAAAACAAUAAAUGAAAGUUCGACAUCUCAAAAUAAAAACUCGGAUUCAGAUGCUGCUUCAGAAUCUGACAUACCUGAGAAAAUAUCAGAAUCUUCAAAUCCAUCUAGUCAAAUUCCGCCAACUAAAACCCCCAUAAGUCCUAUUAAACCAGAUGGAAGGUUAAGGCAGUGUGGAGAUCUGCUUAUACUGGAUACAGAAAUACCGUUAUAUAUACCUGUGACCCAAGAACCUGCCCCUAUGACGGAAGAUAUGUUGGAACAACAUGCAGAGGUGCUCACAAAACUUGGCUCUACCUCGGAGGGCUCACAUUUACGGGCCAAAAUGCAAAGUACUUGUUUACUUUCUGAUAUGGAGUCGUUCAAGGCUGCCAAUCCUGGUUGUACUUUGAAGGACUUUGUUCGCUGGUAUUCUCCUAGGGACUGGAUAGAAGAAAAAGAGACCCAAACUGAUGGAUCAAUUAUAAUUAUAGGACAGCUGAGUGCCAGGAUGCAGAUUGCCAACAAUAUGUGGCUGGAAGUAUGGGCCAGUGCCAAACCCAUACCAGCCCAUAGGCAGAAAAGACUCUUUGAUGACACCAAAGAGGCUGAAAAGGUGCUACACUUCUUAGCUGCGUUGAAACCUGCUGAUGCUGCGAUUCACCUGCUGCCAAUGUUGAUGCAUGCUGCUAUUCUUCGUCUCUGCAAGACAGACGAAAUCCCCACCCCCUCCCUGGUGAAAAUCCUCACCCAGGCGACAACCAAAGCAGCCAGAAUCACGCGCGAUUCUUCCAGCUCACUCAGGUCUUACGAGGAGGUUGUACAGCAUAUUUCUCUCGCUGAGACUUUCGUUGCUCGCGGUGAGUCGAUACGUUGCAAGUUCAAACAGGAAGUGACAUCAUCAGAGAGCUCGGAGAUACAAACAACCCGAGAAAAAUUUAUACGUAGUCUGUUAGAGCUUCCAGAAGUUCCUGUUAUAGGUGCAGCCAGAGGACCAGAGGGAAAGAUUAUUCAUAAACUAUUCGCAGAGGCAGAGAAGGCCUCCAAUGACUUAGAUGUUGAUGUAGCCCCAAGCUUAGAAAAUCAACCUCCCUCAGGUGGAGAUUUCCCUAAACCUGCUGGCAGGGAGUAUAUUCUGCGUACAGAAGUGCCUCGCCCUGCUCCCUACUCCAAGCCUUCCCCCCAGAGACUUCAUUGUACAUUGUUGAACAAUGAGUUUAGACUCGCUGGAGCUUUCACGGAGGAUACAACCUUUCAAUGAGGAUAGAUCAGUUUUACAUGGAGGAUAAACCUUUUUUGGAAGAUACAAACUCUCAUGGAGGAUACAACUUUUGAUUGAGCAUACCACCUUUAAAUGAGGUGGAAUAGUCCUCCAUAUUAGGUUAUUUUUACAUGGAGGAUACAGCCUUUUUGGAGGAUACAAACUUUCAUGAAGUAGAGAAUGUAACUUUUGAUUAAGGAUAAAAUCUUUCAUGGAGGAUGUGACCUAUUAAUGAGUUUUUAAUUACAUUUCAAUUGAAGUAGAACAUAUUAAGAGUAAGUGCAAUAUGGAAUUGGAAAUUGACUGCCAACAUUACAUGUAAAUGUAAUUUUGACGAAAUUCUAGAUGCUGUUGGUACCAUGCUACCAUAGAGGAAGAAAUAAUAAAUGAAUAAAGUGAGAACAUUACAUUGACCAAUCAGCAUUCUUUUAUUAUCUUGAAUGAUAAGUAAUCGGGAAGUGGUUCAACUUUCAACUUUUCAUGAGAA